CUGUCAGAUUACCGUUUAAUCCAAAGGGGAUACAGGCGCUCCUGUCUAUCACAACUGGAAAGGGGCUUGAUAACCACCUAAUCUGCAAGGAAACGCAGGUUUGAUAGAUAUCAGUUAUAAUGCAUUAAUAAAGUUAGACCAGAUCAAAUUGAAAAUGAGUCUAACGUGAGCUUUCAUUUGGUUUGGUGAUUUGUCAAGAACACAUUUUGUUUAUGCUAGCAAAGUAGCUGGAGAGCUAGUCCUUGCUAAUGUGCGCUAUUUUGCCAACUCUUAAAAAGUGCAAAAUCGGAGAAUGCAACACUUUUGCUACAAAUCUGAAUACAUGUUUUAUAUUUUCGCGUAAUUACCUAGAUACAACCUUGAUUUGUGACUUUUGUUUUUAAUGGAUAGCUCUUAAAUUUUAUUCUAACCUUUGCACCACCCGGCAAGCUAGCUAGUUAGCUAACGUCUACCAAAUCUGCACUAUUCCUGCUUGGAUCGGACAGAAGAAAAAUCCCAAGCCGCAAAACGCGUCAAAACGGAGUAGCUGACGUUAGUCUGCUGGUGUGUCAGCCAGUUAACUAGCUAGCAAGCAAAGCUAGUUUAUCAUACUUGGACCUGAGUGUUGAUUCCAGGAAACCAAAAUGUCUGGAAAAGAUAAAGACAAAGACAAAGAAAAAGAAAAGCAAUCCACCACCGAACGGCUCAUAAAAGCCGUGCCCUACCCCCCCCAGCAGCGCCUGACGGUGAAGGAGCUGUUCGAGGACGGCAAGCCCAACCCGGAGCUGCUCCGCACUCACCUGGUGAAGGAGGGCCGCCUGGAGGAGGAGCUGGCGCUGCGCAUCAUCAACGAUGGUGCCAACAUCCUCCGCCAGGAGAAGUGCAUGCUGGAGGUGGAGGCGCCCAUCACAGUGUGCGGCGACGUCCACGGCCAGUUCUUCGACCUCAUGAAGCUGUUCGAGGUGGGGGGCUCGCCCAGCAACACGCGCUACCUCUUCCUGGGAGACUACGUCGACCGGGGCUACUUCAGCAUCGAGUGUGUGCUGUACCUUUGGUCGUUGAAGAUCAACCACCCGACCACGCUGUUCCUCCUCCGAGGGAACCACGAGUGCCGGCACCUGACGGAGUACUUCACCUUCAAACAGGAAUGUAAGAUCAAGUACUCGGAGCGUGUCUAUGACGCCUGCAUGGAGGCCUUCGACUGCCUGCCCCUCGCCGCCCUGCUAAACCAGCAGUUCCUCUGCGUACACGGAGGGCUCUCUCCAGAAAUAAACUGCCUAGACGACAUUAGGAAAUUAGACAGGUUUAAGGAGCCGCCAGCCUUCGGGCCCAUGUGUGACCUGAUCUGGGCCGACCCGGGCGAGGACUACGGCAGCGAGAAGUCUGCGGAACACUUCAACCACAACUCCGUGCGAGGCUGUUCCUACUUCUUCAGUUACCCGGCAGUAUGUGACUUUCUGAUAAAUAAUAACUUGUUGUCGGUAAUACGAGCUCACGAAGCACAGGACGCUGGGUAUCGGAUGUACAGAAAAAGCCAGACCACAGGAUUUCCGUCAUUAAUCACAAUCUUCUCAGCACCAAAUUACCUAGAUGUGUAUAAUAACAAAGCGGCUGUGUUGAAGUACGAGAACAACGUGAUGAACAUCCGACAGUUCAACUGCUCUCCUCAUCCCUACUGGCUGCCCAACUUCAUGGACGUCUUCACCUGGUCUCUGCCCUUCGUCGGAGAGAAAGUGACGGAGAUGCUGGUGAAUGUGCUGAACAUCUGCUCCGACGACGAGCUCAUGUCGGAAGGAGACGACCUGUGUGAAGGUGGGGUCCCGGCCGUGCGCAAGGAGGUGAUCAGGAACAAGAUCCGAGCCAUCGGGAAGAUGGCCCGGGUGUUCUCAGUCCUCAGGGAGGAGAGUGAGAGUGUCCUGACCCUCAAGGGACUGACCCCCACGGGAACCCUGCCUCUGGGAGUGCUGUCGGGGGGCAAGGACACCAUCCAGACUGCCACCAUUGAGGCCGCGGAGGCACAAGCCAUUCAAGGUUUCUCUCCAAAGAAGAUCCGUAGUUUUGAAGAGGCUCGCGGCCUGGACAGGAUCAACGAGAGGAUGCCCCCUCGCAAGGACGGCCAGCAGCCCAUAGGAGCCAACGCCCCCAGCAAGAACGGCACAGACGGCUAGGCCCACCGAGCCCCCCCAGCCCUCCAUCCAGCCCUCCAUCCAGCCCUCCAUCCAGCCCUCCACCCAGCC